GUGGAAAAGGGAUUAAUUUCUCAUCUGAAGCCCAAAGUGGUGGGAGCUGCCUCAGUUUACCUGUCCAUCCUUGAAGCCUUAUGCUUGUUGUUGUUGUUGUUAUAAAUUGUCUUGGGCUUCAAUUUUUACCACUUCAUUGUAAAUUUAUAUAAAUGCCAAUAGGCAAAAUAUCUGGAAAUAGAGCAUGGCUCUUGCAAACUGGCUGUACACCACCUCUCUAGUCUAUUCUGUUUCCCUGGAAUGCUUUUCUCUUGGACUUCCCUCCCUGUUUUUUUGUUUUUUUGUUUGUUUGUUUUGAACAUCGAUCCUGCCCUAAAAUACUGUCAUGGUGUAUUGCAAAAAUUCAAACACUGUUUAGCAUUUUCCCAGCAUACUCUGAGCCUUGAGCUUGACAGUAGUGGAGAGAAGGUACCAGGAGGGUCUAGGUAGGGAGAUGUUCUUCAGUGCCUGCCCCCAUGGGUGGGGUACAUAGGUUCACCCUAGCUUAGGAUGUCCUGGGCCCGUCCUAUGUGUCCUGAUGGACUUCCAGAGAGCCACUCUCCCCUGGGAUCCUGGCUCUCCAAGCACAAAGAAACCUAGUCUCUUUCUGGUCCCCCAGAAAGAGAAAAACCAUAGCCUAGCCUCUCUGACCCUCUUUCUGCUGCCUCGGGUCUUCUGUGAUAGCAGGGAAGGUAGUGACCUCAGACCUCUGAAGUUCCACCCCCUGGAAGUCUAAGAUAGGCCGGCUGUAGAAUCAAGAGCCAUUAGGAGAGUAAAGGACCAGAUAAGAGGUUUGCAUGUAACUUCCCUAAAUGAUCACUCAAAGAAGCUGUUUAUAGGCCCCGCAAUCCGAGCAUUUCCUAGGCCAUGGCCGCCCCGCAGCUUUUCCGAGCUCUCGUGUCUGCGCAGUGGGUGGCGGAGGCUCUGAAGGCCCCGCGCUCAUCGCAGCCGCUGAAGUUACUGGACGCCUCCUGGUACCUACCCAAGCUGGGGCGCGAUGCGCGACGCGAGUUUGAGGAGCGCCACAUCCCGGGCGCCGCCUUCUUCGACAUCGAUCGUUGCAGCGACCACACGUCCCCCUACGACCACAUGCUGCCUAGCGCCACGCACUUCGCCGACUACGCGGGCAGCUUGGGCGUGAGCGCCGCCACGCACGUCGUGAUCUACGACGGCAGCGACCAGGGCCUCUAUUCCGCUCCCCGGGUCUGGUGGAUGUUCCGCGCCUUCGGCCACCACUCUGUGUCGUUGCUGGACGGAGGCUUCCGCCACUGGCUGAGUCAGAACCUGCCAAUCAGCUCCGGCAAAAGCCACUCGGAGCCAGCGGAGUUCUGCGCAAAGCUCGAUCCCUCCUUCGUCAAGACCCACGAGGACAUCCUGGAGAACUUGGAUUCUCGGCGCUUCCAGGUGGUGGACGCCCGCGCAGCUGGCCGUUUCCAAGGCACCCAGCCGGAACCCCGAGAUGGCAUCGAACCUGGCCACAUCCCUGGCUCGGUAAACAUCCCGUUCACUGAAUUCCUGACCAAUGAAGGUCUGGAGAAGAGCCCAGAGGAGAUCCAGCGCCUGUUUCAGGAGAAGAAGGUGGACCUGUCCAAGCCUUUGGUAGCCACAUGUGGCUCCGGUGUCACAGCCUGCCACGUGGUCCUGGGGGCCUUCCUGUGUGGCAAACCCAACGUGCCUGUCUACGAUGGCUCCUGGGUAGAGUGGUACAUGCGUGCCCAGCCAGAGCAUAUCAUUUCUGAGGGCCGAGGGAAGACCCAGUGAAGCCAGGCAGGACACAGUGCAGCUCAGGUGACAGCCUGGUUACUCUGACCCUGCUUUGCCAAGAGUCCUUCCUCAGACAACUCAGGUGGUGUUUGGGGUGACAUCCCAGAGACCAGGAGUUCCAGUGAUUCAUGGGUACUCAGCAGAGAUAGCCAAGAAGGUGGCAGGCAGUAAGAGGGGAGGGAAGGAGGCCAGACAGCAGAACAACUUGCAGGGUGCUGAGCUGGGGCCCACCUAGCUUGUUUCACUAUUGGGAAAUAAAACAUCAAGCACAAAA